AUGCCCGUUAAGCUCCUCCCACAACUCCGCCUCCUCAACAACCCCUCCUCCUCCUCUCUCCCAAUCUCCCGCUUCCUCUCCAUGAAAUUCGGACCCUCCAUUUCGGCCUCGCCCCGACCCGUACCCGCCUUCUCCCGCGCCUUCCCGCUCCGCCUCCGCUACCUCGCCCUCGGCUCCCACCGCUCAUUAUCCACCCGCGCCUUCCGAACCGGGUCGGGUUCUUCCGGGUCGGGCUCCCAAUUCGCCCGCGGAUACGAGCGGAAGGCGGUCGGUGGAUCCAAGAGCCUUGUCGACGACGAGGCCGAGCUGAGCGACUGGGUCAGCGAGCUGCGGACCGACCCGACCCGAAGGGGAGAGGAUUCUGACGGCGGUGGGAGGAGAGGUAGGGUUAGAGAUAGGGGAGGGGAGAGAGAUAGAGAGCCGUAUCCGGCGAAGCGGAGCAGGAGAGAUAGCGGCGGCGGCUCCGACGAGUUCGGCGGAGGGUUUCGGUCUCCGGCUCAGUCUUCACGGAUGAGUAGCAGAAGGGAGGAUGGUGGUGAUAGAGGAGGUAGGUCAUUUCCGGCGAGAGGUAGUCGCGGUGGGAGUUCGAGCUUCGGUGAUCGGAGACCGAGCUCCGGUCCGUCGGCGUUUACUAAAAAUCCUAGGAUGGAUAGAAGGUUUGAUAACAAGUUUGGGGAUAAUGCUGUGAAGGAGGAUGAGUUUUCGGGGAGGAGGAGUCAGAGUUUCAGAGGGAGUUCGAGUAAUGUGGCUAAGAGAGGUGGGAGAGAGGUGGAUGCGGGUUUCAGAAGAGGCGGAGGUGAGUGGGUGAGGAAGGAUUCGAUUAAGGAAAGGCCGGUGGUUGAUGAUAGUGAUGAUGAGGAUGAUGAGGUGGAGGAGCUUGGUGCUGGUAUUGGGGGGUUGCUUACCGAGGAAGAUAGUGAUGGUGCUGCUUCGGAGGUGGAGGAUGGGUAUGAAGUGUUGAAAGGUAAGAGUGCUGCGGCAUUGUUUGGUUCGGAUAAGGUAGCGGUGAGCCAGAAGGCUGUGCCGAAAAGUUCAGCUGGAGACUCUGACUCGUAUUUGAGUGAGUCAAGGUUUGAUCAGUGUUCGGUCUCACCACUGUCCUUGAAGGGAAUAAAGGAUGCGGGAUAUGUGAACAUGACUGUGGUACAAGAGGCUACUCUUCCCGUCAUACUCAAAGGCAAGGAUGUUCUAGCCAAAGCCAAAACCGGGACUGGAAAAACUGUUGCGUUCUUGCUUCCAUCAAUUGAAGUUGUUGUAAAUUCACCUCCUAUUGGUCGUGACCAUAAGAGACCCCCAAUUUCUGUACUUGUAAUAUGCCCAACUCGAGAGCUGGCGAAUCAAGCUGCAGUAGAAGCCGGUAAAUUGUUGAAGUAUCAUCCUUCUAUUGGUGUUCAAGUUGUGAUUGGAGGUACAAGACUUGCUCUAGAACAGAAACGCAUGCAAGCAAACCCUUGCCAGAUUCUUGUCGCUACACCGGGAAGGCUCAAAGAUCACAUUGAGAAUACCGCGGGUUUCGCAACUAGGCUGAUGGGUGUCAAGGUCCUCGUACUUGAUGAAGCUGACCAUUUACUUGAUAUGGGGUUCCGUAAAGACAUAGAAAGGAUUAUAGCUGCUGUUCCAAAACAGCGACAGACACUAUUGUUCUCUGCCACAGUUCCAGAAGAGGUCCGUCAAAUUUGUCAUAUUGCUUUGAAAAGAGAUCAUGAAUAUAUAAACACGGUUGUGGAAGGCAGUGAAGAGACACAUGCACAGGUUAGACAAACCCAUUUGAUUGCUCCUUUGGACAAGCACUUCUCCUUUGUAUAUAGUCUUCUUAAAGAGCAUAUCGCAGACGAUCUUGACUAUAAGGUUCUUGUAUUCUGCACUACUGCAAUGGUCACCCGACUGGUCGCUGACCUUCUUGGUGAGCUGAACUUGAACGUUAGGGAGAUCCACUCCAGAAAGCCACAGAGUUAUAGAACUAGGGUUUCUGAUGAAUUUCGGAAAUCAAAGGGUCUUAUCCUGGUGACUUCUGAUGUAUCUGCACGUGGGGUUGAUUAUCCAGAUGUUACUCUAGUCAUACAGGUUGGCAUUCCAGCUGAUAGACAACAGUAUAUUCAUCGACUUGGUAGAACUGGCCGUAAGGGCAAAGAAGGGCAAGGAAUAUUGCUACUGGCGCCUUGGGAGGAAUUCUUCUUAUCCGCUAUUAAAGAUUUGCCAAUGACCAAGGCUCCUGUACCUUUAGUUGAUCCCGAUACGACGAAGAAGGUGGAACGAGCUCUAUCCCAAGUGGAGAUAAAGAACAAAGAAGCAGCAUACCAAGCGUGGCUUGGGUAUUACAACUCAAAUAAGAAAAUAGGGCGUGAUAAGCAUAGGCUUGUGGAGCUUGCUAAUGAGUUUAGCCGAAGCAUGGGGCUGGACAACCCUCCAGCCAUUGCCAAGAUGGUUCUCGGUAAGAUGGGUCUUAAGAAUGUCCCUGGACUGCGUUCCAAAUAAAGCUUAUAGCAGCUAGUUGGUGAGAUCGUCUUUUUUAUUAAGAACGGGAACACGAUUUGUUGGAAACUUCGAUAUUUUACCAUCACAUAGAAGAGAUUGCUGGUCUUCCUUGUUGAGGUCUUCUAGUUAUUUCCCUGCUGUUGUGUUUCUAGCUAUUGCAUUGAUUCCACGUGAACAAUUAUAUAAACCUCUACUAGUAGAAAUCAAUCUAACUGCUUGACAAUUUGAAG